AGUCGAUCUUUUUAUUUACCCUCUUAAUAUCAGGGAACCCCGAUCGCACCACAUUAAACGUCAACAAUGGCGGACCAAAAAUUCAUCCAAUUCUUCGUAAAACUAUUCGACAACAAAACCCUAACUCUCCAAUUCCCAAUUAACCAACUCAUUUCCCCUCAAUCUAUUAAACACCAAAUCGAAUCCCUUACUAAUCUACCUUCUCAAUCCCAAACCCUAACCCUAAAUGGGAAAGUCCUUCAAAAUUCAUCCCAAUUCGCACCAAAAUCCCUCUCUCUUUCCACUCUAUAUGUUAAUUUUUCUCUCCUCGGUGGUAAAGGAGGUUUCGGAUCUCUCCUUAGAGGAGCAGCAACUAAAGCGGGUCAAAAAAAGACUAACAACUUCGACGCGUGUAGAGAUAUGAGUGGAAGAAGAUUACGCCAUGUGAAUGCUGAGAAGAAAUUGGAGGAGUGGAAGGCCGAGGAAGAAGAGAGGAAGUUGGAGAAAAUGGCGGAAGAUUACUUGAAAAAGAUGGAGAAGAAAGGGAAAGGAGGGAAGAAAGAAGCAGGAGCUGAGAAGUAUGUGGAGAAGUAUAGGGAAGAAUCUAGGAAGUGUGUUGAGGAAGUUGAGAGAUCAGUUAGAGAAUCUGUAGGCGAAAUUUUGAAUUGUGGGAGUAAGAAAAGGAAAGUUAGAGAGAUGUUGAAAGGAAAGAAAGCUGAGGGUGUUGAUGCUAAAAAGUUGAAGAUUUGGAUGGGAAAGAGAAAAAUUGGUGAAAGUGACGGUGAUGACUCUGAUAGUGAUACCGAAAGUGAUGAUAGUGAUGCAGAAAAUGAGAAAUCAGUUGUCACCGAGAACGGAAAUCAGUCAGAUUCAAGCAAGGAUACUAGCUCUGCUUCAGUUUUAGUUCAGCCUUUGGAUGGGGAUAAUGAUAGAGGGAUUUCUCUGGAGAGUGGAUCUGAAGAAGAGAAAGAGACAGUAACUGGAAGCUCUGCUGGAUUGGCUGCUAGUCCUAGUCGAAGCCAUGAACAGUUGAAUAGGGAUGGUCAUAUGGACUUAUCACCUGGAGAAAAGAUGCCUGCUUCUGCUGAAGUAGUUUCUAGCUCUCCUAAAAUUGCGGCUGAACAACAAGAAUCUGAUGGAGCUCCGUUCCAGGCCACAGCUGUUCUUGACCCACUGCCUACUGCUCCCACUUCUGUAGAGCCAGAUGGUCCUCAGUUAACGACUAAUGUGCCUGAACUUCAUGUGGAAUCUGAGUGCAAAUCUGUUUCUCCUGAUGAGGGGUGUACUAGUAGCUCUAAAGCUUCUGAGGUUUUGCAGCCAUUGAAUUUCGAUGAUUUUGGAUCACCUGCAGAUCUGGAGGUUCUUGGAAUGGAAAGGUUGAAAUCGGAGCUCCAAGCACGUGGAUUGAAAUGCGGAGGCACCCUACAAGAACGUGCUGCUAGGCUUUUUCUGCUGAAAACCACUCCCCUAGAGAAGCUUCCAAAGAAGCUACUCGCAAAGAAAUAAUGUUUCCACUGUUUCAAGUGAAUUGAGUUCCUCUGCAUAGUGCCUUCUUUCACCUGCAACUGCUAUUUUCAGCUGUAAGAUAGUCUGUUAUUUGGUUUACAUGUUUGGAGAUCAAUAUUGAGCAUUAAAGCUCUACUGUAAUAGAAAAUUUCACUACAACUCGCUCUUUUUGUGUAUUCCAUAAAAAGAUUUCAACCACUGUACAUUAAUUUUGAAACUGUCUUGAAUUCUUUUCUGAGUUUACCUGUUCAAACAAUUCUCUGUUUGGAGAUGGCUUGAACUUUAGAUGGUGAAGGAGCUGCUUUAAAGUAGUAGUUUUG